UUCUAGGAAGUUUCGUGGAUUUCUCGUUUUUAUUUAACUGUCUCAAAACCCAAACACGCCAUAGCCAUGCUCGUGGCCUCCUUCAACUGUCACAUGACGUAACUGAAAAAAUUUCUCUGUAAAACCAAAGUCACACUGCUCACCACAAUACUAUUAACUCCAUGACUAGUCGCGCUCCAAUCACCUUCCGCCACAUCGUACACAGCAGCACGCCGCGCUCCACCUCCGACAGAUUGUUGCAGACUUUCCCUCCCGAGAGAUACUCCGACCUCGUUCGUCAGCGAGGUGGAAUGAUAUCUGUUCCUCGAAAAUUAACGUCACCGGCAACGGAGAAUAAGAAUAAUGGGCCAAAGAAGCUGACUAAGUUGUUAUUGAAUGUUAAUAUAGAGAGGAGUCUAGGACCAGUGCAUGUCAUUUUGGCGCCGGAAAACACGGUGAAGGAUUUGAUAAAGGCGGCGAUUGAGAUUUACGUGAAGGAGAAGAGAAGGCCUCUUUUGAAAGAUACUAAUCCUGACUGUUUUGCACUUCACUACUCGCAGUUCAGCCUUGAAAGUUUGAAACCAGAUGAGAAGUUGAUAAAUUUGGGGUCCAGAAAUUUCUUCAUGUGCUCAAAGCCUUCAAACUCAAUCAAUUGUUGUUGCUCAGAAGAAGCAAAAUUGGGAAUCAGAUCAACAUUAACAUUUCCUUUUAUAAAGUUGAUGGAUUUCUUGCUAUAGCCUCCUUUUUUUUAAAAUUUCCUCUAGCUACAUAAUCUAAAAGCUGUAGAGUAAUAUCUAAUAGAAAAGGGCUGCCAGGUGAGCUGGCAAGGCAUGAUUUGUAAAUAGUAGCAGAUUGUAAUCUAUGUGAUUAAUCCCUUUUGUAGCAGAUUAUCCAAUUGUAGGGUACCAGUUUACCAUAUACACGUGUACUCUUCUAUCUAUGGACUAUGCAAUGAAUAAUUGAAAUACACUCGUAUAAA